ACGUAAAGAUUGCUUUCAGUUUAAUACUAUCUCCAGCCAGGAGAGAUCGCUAGUUUCCAGCCGCUCCCUGUAUUAAUUUCAGUGUAGUAGGACGUGCACUCUAAUGUAAACAUUCACUAACAUUAGCAAAUAAUAAAUGAAAAACUGACCAUGAAAACAGCAUUUUCCAGUCAAGAUGGUAAACAGAUGAUCUUUUUACCAAGUUCAAGGGGAUACUUAUAUGUUUGGAUUGUUUGGGACGCCAGAGUUGCAUUUGCCCCAAAUAUCAAAGGAAUUUGAUGGGAUUCAGACGAUGUGUUACUGUCGACUGAUGAUAACCGAUGCUUUACUUAAAGAGGAAAUCACCGCCUUAAACUAGUUUCACAGUAUGAGACACUUAAGCAAAACAUUGUGAGGCAGAAGCCACACAGCGCUUUCCCUGGAAAGAGAGAUGUGUUUCCCUCUGAUCUUUUGUGGGUGGAUGCUGUUUUCUUUAAUUUUUGCUUUUGGCGAUGUGGCAGUGAAUCACACUACAACUUUAUUUGUCAAUCAUGGACAGUCUGCCAAAAUCAGAUGCAACUACAACCCAACAAAUGACACAGAAAGCAUGACGGCAGUUCUGCAAACAUUAAAUCUUUCACUGUGUUCAUAUUACUUUUAUGACAAUACAUGGAAAACCCACCAUUGUAAAGAUCCUGUCAGAUUCAUUGGGAUUCCAGAGACUAAUGACAUAACAUUUGAACUCUUAAAUCUCCAAGUUCAGGAUACCGGCACGUACACCUGUACUGUGAAGAGGAUUGUAAAACCACCUCAAGUGGAUCUCGGAGUUCAAAGAGUUCAAGUUAUUGUGCGUCCCGUCUUGUUGCUGUCCUGUGUGAAGAGGCCUGAUGGAUCUACCAUGAUUCUGUGCUCUGUGGAAUUUUACCCUGAUUCUCUUGAACAGUUGUGGAUCAGAGAUGGUGAUGUCCUCAACAGCUCAUACUCAAACAAAUCAUUUAAUGGAUCCUUUAGUCAGCAAUCAUACCUUCUAUUGCCACCACAAACAUUCAGUGAUACAAUCUACUCCUGCUGGGUAAACCACUCGUCUUUAAACAAACCACUCGUGGCCAAUUUAUCGAGCUCUGUCUGUUAUGAAAGUGAGGGUGUAACUGUGAUUGUGACCGUAGUGUUUGUCAUGUUGACAGUGGCUUUGACUGUCUUUUUGAUCACUCUAGUCAUAUGCAAACAUUACAGAAGAACACGUCAGCAGUCUGUGUCUCCUGUAGGAGUGAUUUUCACACCUGAGCCUGUCCUCCAUGAUCCCCUGCAGUCUGAGAUACUGUACUCAACACUGGGUGACCAUCAUCCAGUCCCUUGCAGCCUUGCUGUUGUCCACUCAUUUGCAUAAUAAACACUGAAUGAGCAAAUCUUACAAUGUUA